GCCUUGCUCUCUUUUAGUUAAGCACAGUUAAAAGCAUCAUCACUAGAUCGCUUGAAAAAUGAUUCUUUAAUGUGCGAUAUAAUGAUUUUUCUCCUUUUGGGGGUCGUUUUUAAGAAAAUGCUUUUGUGAUGUAAUCCAUGUAAUGGUAAUCCAUGUAAACAUGUCCCCUGAGUUGCAGGAUAUUUUAUAAAUUCAGAAAAGUUUGCCUUUUACCUGUCUUCUCACAAGGACAUUAAAGUCUGUCUUUGAGAUUCUUUAUACGCAUUUUGAUAAUGGAAAGUCUUGAUUAUUAUCCCCCUUUCCUUAUCUCUGAACCCACAGUUGGAGUAAUGAGAAUCAGGAUACUAGUACUGCAAAGACUUUAUGGAAACUAGUGAGCAAAUCUGGCUUUUUCAAACGACGCCUGUGUUCUAGGUUUUAUUUUACUUUUUUUUUGGCGGGGGGGGGGCGUCAUUGGCACACAACAUGAUAUUAGUUCCAGGUAUGCGACAUACUGUUUGGACAUUUACGAUGCCUGCAUUAUAGAUUUGAAGCGCCUUUACGUAUUGCCGAGGCAACAUUUACCUAUAUUGAAUUGUAUAUAUGAAAACCAAAUAAUUGUCGGCAUGAAAUUUCAACGAAUAUCUAUGUUCUACACAGGUGGCAUUAAACAGGCUCUUCUUGCAAAAAGAAUAAUGUUUGAAGCAAAUGCGAAAGCUUCUCUGAAAAGCACUAACGAGAAAAUCGAGCAAGGUUGGAAAAUACAAAAACAAAGGCAGAAUCUUCAUUUCAAAUACUCUCAGCAGUUUCUGACUCUCUUUCAGAAGUGGGAUACCGACAUGAGGAAAUCCCAGGAACAGGAAGCAAAACUAGCUGGUAUGUUUCAAGAGCAACAAAAGAUUCUGCAACAAGCUAGAAUUGUUCAGAACCAGAGGCUGGAAAAAUUAAGAAACGUAUACAAAGAAUUCUUAAAGAGUUCGCAGGCCUUGGACAAGGACCAUGAACAUCUUCUUACUGAUGAACAAAGUGAAGUCAGAGAAGAAAUCGCCAAGAUGCAAAACAAAAUUAUGAGGGAAGCUAGGCCGGCCCGGCCCCCGAGGUCCCUCCCCGCAGGGCUGUGCCGGCCUGGGGACCCGACCGUGGCCGGGCCGAAACCCCGCGUCCCCUCGGGAUGCACGGGGAAUAAGCCGUUCUGCACCCGUCGGCGGACAGUCAGGUGGACCCCUCCAUCUGGCCCCCCAGGACGAGCCGUGGCCCCGCCCCCGGGGGCCAAGAUGUCGGGCCGGGCGGUGUGGCCGGAGGGCCAGGCGCAGACGGCCCCUCCUCACCAGGUGUCACCCUCCCGGGCCAUGAGGGCCGUCGCUCCCGCUCCCCGCUCCCCGCUCCGCUCCCCGCCCUGCCAGCUCUGCGCUCAGGGGCCUGGUCGUAUCCCGUCGGAGCCCCCGGAGGACCCCUGCCACCGGGUCCGCCUGCCUGCCUGGCUGGGCCUCCCAGGGGGUCGCUAUGCCCGACCCCCGGCCCGGCCCCCGUUUGUCUUGACCCUUCCUCUGUCCCGCAACCCUCCGUCCCUAUGGCCCACCGCCGCCCCGCCCCACCCCCUGUCUCUGUCGGUCCUCCCUGCGUCCCUGCGUCCCUCCGCCCCACCCCACCCCCACCGCCACUGUCUUGUCCCUCCCUCCGCCCCAUCCAUCGCCAUCGCCGACGCCAUCGCCAUCGCCAUCGCCAUCGCCAUCCCCAUCCCCCGCCUCUCUCAGGCCUCCGCGCGCACACAACGACCUCCACGGCAGGUCCUCCGCGACGACGCUCCUCUGAGGGCCUCGCGACUGACUGGGAGGAGCCAGUCAGCCUCGCCUGCCCUGCGCGGGAGCGUCGCUGAGCGGCUGGCCCAGCGCCGGUGCCUGCCGGCCCUGAGGAUCGAGGAUCGAGGGUCGAGGGUCGAGGGUCGAGGGUCGAGGGUCGAGAUUCGAGGGUCGAGGGUCGAGGGUCGAGGGUGGAGGGUGGAGGGAGGUCGAGAAGAUGGUGGUGAGAAAGAGGGCAAGGAAAAGAGGGACACCUCAAGAGUUAGGUCUUCGCAUCGCAUAGCCAAGGAGGAGGGUACCGGGGCUGAAGAUGGAGGCAUCCUUCCAUCUCCGCCACCAGGUUUCAACCUCACUGUGCCCGAGGAGGCUCUGAAAGAAGAGGCACCUGACACCCACGCAAAGACCCCGGCCGCCUCCUCUGAGCGCUCUGCCUCCUCCGGGAAUGUUGAGGACCACGGAGAGGGUCCCUGGGAGCCAGGCUUGGAAGGUGUGGCAGCCUCCUCCAGUGCCCCUAACCUGAGGCUGCGUUGUUCACUCCGUCUGGCAAACAGGAGAAGGAAGCUGCAGGUUCCAGAGUUUGAGAAAGGGCUGCAGGAAUCUCGACCUCCGGCCAGCUCAAAGGCUGUGAACCCCACCACUGCUAUUAAGAAGGAUGUCAGCCAGGAAAUGGGACACCUGACCGGCACGCUUUCUCCACAGGAGCCUUGUCCCAUUGAAGGAGGGAUGAUGGUCUGGUUUAAAUUUCAAAAUCACCCCUUUUGGCCCGCAGUGGUAAAGAGCGUCAGCCAAGCAGAGCAGACUGCAAGGGUGCUUUUGAUUGAGGCAAACAUGCACGCUGAAAUGAGUGGCAUUCGAGUUCCUCUUCGAAGAUUAAAGCCCCUGGACUGCAAAGAGAAAGAAACACUGAUGAAGAGAGCCAGGAGAGUGUACGAGCAAAGUGUGAACUGGUGUUUCUCCCUGAUUUCUCACUACAGAGAAGGGCUCACUUGUGGGUCUUUUGCAGGCUCCUUCCUGGACUAUUAUGCUGCUGACGUCAGUUACCCAGUUAGGAAAGCCAUCCAGGACGGGGACCUGGAGGUUGACUUCCCAAAGGUCAAUUAUGCCGACCUGGAGGAUUCUGAGGAGGAGACCUCCGUGGGCGGGAAGAGGCCCCGCAAGAAGAUUCUCCCUGACCGGAUGAGGGCUGCUCGGGACCGAGCCAACCAGAAGCUCGUGGACUUCAUCGUGAAAACGAAGGGAGCCGAUCACCACCUUCUGGACAUUGUCAAAGGCAGGAAACAGUCCAGGUGGCUGACAUCAUUUCUGAAUUGCAAGAGGUACACGCUCUGCAUUGAAACAUACCUGGAGGAUGAAGACCAGUUGGAUGUGGUGGUGGGACAUUUACAAGAAAUCUACAAACAAAUAGACAAGAAGAGGCUGACUCUGGCAAGGGACGACAAAGUCAGUUUUGUUGUGGAAGUUCUUCUGCCAGAAGCAAUCAUUUGUUCCAUUGCUGCACUUGACGGAUUAGGUUAUAAGGAGGCAGAAGAAAAGUACCUACGGGGCCCACCCGUGCAUUACCGGGAAAAACAGCUGUUUGAUAAAAAUAUCCUAAAGCAAAUGCGAAAGAGAUCGGCACCCGGGCUCAAGGCUAAUAAGUAA